AUGUCUUCCACAGCCUCUACCCCGCCUAAGAAGUACUACAAGGUAGCCGUCCUCCUGUUCGACGGGGUCGACAUCCUUGACUUUGCGGCACCAAUGGAGAUCCUUACUCAUACAUCCCAUAACCGAAACCCUGAUAAUCCGGAUCGCGUGUUCAGCAUCAAGACCGUGGCUCGCGCGCCCACGGUGAACGCCAAGCAAGCUCUGACCGUCCAGGUGGACCUACUUCUCGACGAGGCGCUACAGACCAUUGCGGACUUUGACAUUCUCAUCGUCCCCGGCGGCCCCCCAUCUCUGAUUACCCCUAUGGUCGCAUCCAAUCCGCUGGAGGUCGAGCUGAUUCGCAAAUUCGCUACUCUACCUCCCAAGACGCCAGAUGAACCGCGGGUGCUGUGCUCCAUGUGCACCGGUGCGUUCCUGGUUGGAGCAGCCAGGCUGUUGACCGGAGUUCCAGUGACGACCCAUCAUCGGGCUGUCGAAAGACUCCGCCAGUUCUGCAUUCAAGUCAAUGGGGACGAUGUUCCUCCCCCGGAGGUGUCGCAUAAGCGUUAUAUAGACGCCGGCAUUCUGAAAACUGGACAUGCUAGGCUGAUUACGGCAGGAGGGGUCAGUAGUUCUCUGGAUGCUUCUCUGUACCUCGUGAGUCAGUUGACAUCCCUCGACAUGGCCGCGUUUAUUUCCCGGGUGAUAGAAUAUGAUUGGAAACCGCUUGCGGAGGAAUAG